GCGGCCGUGGAAGGAACGGUCAGCGGUUGAGGGGCCGCCGCUGGCCACUAUGUACUCGGCUUCAUUGCCGCCGCCUAGGCGGGACUUCAUCUCGGUAACACUCAGCCCCGGCGGUGGAGGGAUUGAGGCCGCGGUGGGAGGAGGAGGCUACAACAACAGCAAGGCUUGGCGGAGACGCUCUUGUUUACGGAAAUGGAAGCAGCUGUCCCGUCUCCAGCGGAGCGUGAUCCUCUUCGUGUUUGCCUUCUUGGCCGUCUGUGGAGUCAUCACUUAUGCCAACAUGGCCGAGCCCUGGAAAAGCCUGACCAGCAGAUCCACAGAGGAGCAGAAGACGGAUUUGGAGAUUCCGGGUUUGAACCCAGCAAAUCAGGCAGUUCUGCCAAUACCCAAGAAAGCUGAUCCUAAUCUGGGGGAUUACUCAGAUUUUUCGCUUCAAAAGCCCCCAAAGGAGCUUCCAGUCCGACGAGGCCCCCCUAACCUGCAGCUCAGACCGCCUCGGAGAAAUACAAAGGUGAAGUCGCAAGAGGGUGCAGCCAAGACAGAGGAAGAGCCGCGCCAGGCUGUCCAAGAACACAAAACGCAAAAGUCUGUUAUUAGCUGGCGAGGAGUAGUGAUUGAACCUGACCAGAUCACAGAGUCUCCUUCCAACAAAAUAAAGGAACUGGACAAACCCUCACCCGUGGAAUCUGAAGACCAAAAAGAGCCAGUGCCUCUUAAUGAACGCCAGAUGGCUGUGAUAGAGGCUUUCCGCCACGCAUGGAAAGGCUACAAGGAAUUUGCCUGGGGCCAUGACGAGCUGAAGCCCAUCUCCAAGUCAUUCAGCGAGUGGUUUGGCCUUGGCCUGACGCUCAUUGAUGCACUGGACACCAUGUGGAUUUUGGGCCUAAAGGAAGAGUUUGCAGAAGCAAAGAAGUGGGUUGUAACAGAGCUAAACUUUGACAAGAAUGUGGACGUCAACCUUUUUGAGAGCGCCAUUCGGAUCCUGGGAGGUCUGCUCAGCACCUAUCACUUGUCGGGGGACUCCCUCUUCCUAGAGAAAGCUAAAGACAUUGGCAGCAGACUCAUGCCAGCCUUCAACACCCCUUCCAAGAUUCCAUUUUCAGAUGUAAACAUUGGCCGGGGCACAGCCCACCCGCCACGCUGGACGUCUGAUAGCACGGUGGCUGAAGUGACGAGCAUUCAGCUGGAGUUCAGGGAGCUCUCACGCCUCACGGGGGAAGAGAAGUUCCAGAAAGCUGUUGAUGGGGUGAUGCAACACAUUCACUCCCUCCCUGGAAAGAAUGAUGGUCUGGUGCCCAUGUUCAUCAACACCAAUAGUGGGCAGUUUACCCAUCUAGGGGUGUAUACCCUUGGAGCCAGAGCAGACAGCUACUAUGAGUACCUGCUGAAGCAGUGGAUCCAGGGUGGGAAGAAGGAAAAUGAGCUUUUGGAAGAUUACGUGAAGGGCAUAGAAGGGGUGAAAACGCAUCUUCUUCGCAAAUCCCAGCCCAAAAGACUGACUUUCGUCGGUGAACUCGCUCAUGGCCGUUUCAGUGCUAAAAUGGACCACCUGGUUUGCUUCUUGCCUGGAGCCCUCGCUCUUGGAGUUCACAACGGGCUCCCGUCUGAUCACCUGGAUCUGGCCAUAGAGCUUGCGGAGACCUGCUAUCAGAUGUACGCCCAAGUGGAGACUGGCCUGAGCCCAGAGAUUGUCCACUUCAACAUGCACGCUCAGAAGGAACGAAAAGAUGUGGAGAUCAAGGCUGCAGACAGACACAACCUUCUGCGCCCUGAAGCUGUGGAGAGCUUUUUCUACCUGUAUAGAUUCACGGGCGACAAGAAGUAUCAGGACUGGGGCUGGGAGAUCCUCCAGAACUUCAAUAAAUACACACGGGUUCCUACAGGUGGCUAUACUUCCAUAAACAACGUCCAGAACCCUAGCAAUCCUGAGCCAAGAGAUAAGAUGGAGAGUUUUUUCCUUGGCGAAACACUCAAAUACCUUUUCUUGCUCUUUUCGGACGAUGUCGACUUGAUAAACCUCGACAAAUACGUCUUCAAUACAGAGGCUCACCCCCUUCCUAUCUGGCAUCAGCAACAAUGAAACGUGGGCCAGCUGCCAUUCCCAGUCUUGAUCAUAUCCCAGCUUACUGGGGGUCUGAAGGGAGGUGUACGGAAUAUUGUGGGUUCAUGUGUAUUUGCUGGACAGCACAUCAGAAAGGAAGCUCAGAUUGUGGAGGGGAAGUUUUUGGCCUGGAAUCCACACCCUCUCGUGUCAUCUCCCCAUUGUCACCCACCCAGCACUUGGACACACAAGCCAGAGAGGGCCAAGCAAAUUUAUUGCAGCAGUGAGUUCUGCUUGGCACACAAGACGCUUUGGGAGAGGUGGGACUGGUGUUGGCCCAUUGAGAUCCAGGCUGUAUAGAUCGUCUUGGUGUCAGAAUUAUCAUCUCGACAAGAGGAGCCUUGUCGAGGUACACCGAGAAGUGUCCCAGUUUACAGCAUCAUUCCGUUGUAUCGGCCUAUUACCAUACCUGCAAGGUAAAGGCAAUAAACAAGAAAGAUGGGUCCUUCGCCCCGAAUUUAAAAUGCAGGUUGUCAGUGCGAUUGCUGAUUCUCCAGUCUCAUUCCAAGCCGAGGGGUUAUGCCACAGGUAACACCGGCAGAACGAAAAGCUUCUUUUCCAGCUGCCACUACCAGUGGCAGCAUCUUAAUUUUUUAAUGGAGCACUUUGAAUAAUCAUGUGGCACUUGUACCUGUUGUGAAUCGUGGAGAAGUUUUAAGUCCUGCAGUUGCUGGUUUGGGUGGAAACUCAUGUAUAGCUUUGUAGGUAUGUUGUGACGGGAUUUCCCCCCCCCCCCUUAACUUAAUCUGCAGAAAUGCAAGAGACAAUGUGAAGAGAGAAUUUAUGUUCUUAAAAAGGUUAUCUACGCUAGAGUUUAUAUCUAUGAUGUUUUUGGCUCAGGUAUUUGGACUGAAAGCUGCUUCCUGAGGCUCAGCUACUAGCAACCCUAAUAAUUUCCUUUUCCCCCCAGACUGGAAUCCACACCUGAACCCAGUGGGACUGCUGGACUUUCCUUUUGCAUUGUGUUGGCUCAGCUGGAGCUUUGCUGUAAAGGAGAGUUUUCACUAGAGAGCUAGAAGGAAGAGAUUGUUGGUCAUCUUAUGCCCUCAAGGGGCAGCCAAGUUCGAAGAGGUGUUUCCACCAGAUAGAACUGGGUGGUAGUUAUCAUAUCUGUGAAAGUGGAUCGGGAACAGAUAAUGGAUUGUGUCUUCUGUGCAUACUUGGUAGCCUUGAAGGUAGUAUUGGAAAGAGGUGGCCUUUUUAGUGCAAGAAGGAAUAAACCCACUAAACAUUUAUCUUAGGAGCUAGUGGGUUUUGCACUCUCACAAGCUCUUCUUAAGGAGAAAAUUUAGUACAAUAUGCUUAAUACGCUUUUGGAUCAUCAUUCUGGAGCUCCCGCCUGAAGUUCAUAGUGUCGUUUCACCACCUACCUCAAGGGGUAAUUCAGAACAGGAAGGAAUUCCAUGCAAUAGUGUGAUUGUGGGAAACUAAAUAUUUUCCCUGAAUAUACUCUUUGGCUUUGGGGUCCAUUUCACAUGCUACAACUUUUUAACAGGUGGAUUUCAGAAUUCACAAUUUGUGAUUUUGUUAAUGCUUGCCCACCCCCCUAUUUGGGUGUGUUAUUUUUUUUUAUCCUUGUUUCCAGUUUCCCAUUUUCAAAGCUCCAAAGACAGAGUCAUAUUUUGGAAAAGGGUGGCACCUGUAGGACAAUCCUUUCUAGCUCAGGGGCUGUCUAGUCAUGCCUCAGUAGGGUCUCCAGUCUUUGUGCAUUUUGCAAAGCUGUGCUGCCAGUAGAUUCUGUCGGGGCCCGCUUUGGCUUUUCCUGUGUUGAACUGGUACAUCUUAUUGAAUUACUAGCAGGAAAUUGUCCUGUCCUCCCACAAAAGAACAAGAGCUAUGCAAGAGAAAGGCUGCAGCUAGGGUGAGAAAAAAUCCCACAGAGUUGUGCCCCUGGUAGAGCCUUGUUUCUUGAACUGUGAUGACAGCUUAUAGCAAUUGCCCUGCAAGUCAUAUUGAAUAUGGGGCACAUAUUGGCGAAGAGUUGUUUUUGUCCACACAAGGUGUGCACAAUAAAACGGUAGCCUUAAGACUUUAUAAUCCAAAAAGCAAGAGGACUGUGGUUGUGUUUACACAUAAUACAAGAACUGGUUGCUGGGGGGGUGGCUCAGAGUUCUUCCUUUGCGAUGAAAUUAUUCGGGUGGCGGCUGCUUUCUCUCAGCCUCGGUCCUUCCCCCCACCCGAGUCAUAAGAAUACUGACCUACCUUGCAGGUCUGUUCAAAGGAUUACUGAGAUAUAGUAUUGCAAGUUCUUUGAGCAUGCCAAAGGCAAUAUAAAUGUAAACUAUUGUGAUUUCCAGCUUGCCAAUUGUAGGGUAGGUGCUUGUAUGCAGUAGGUCCCAAGUCCAGUUCCUGGGAUCUCUGGUUUCCCAGAUGGUGGGAGAAACCCUUUUCUGCCUCAGACCCUGGUGAAUCACUGCAAAGUCAGGGGAGCCAAUCUGAACUAAACUGGCUAAUCCGAUCUUAAAACGGGGGAGAGGGCUGGGGCUCAGUUGUGCAGAGUACCUGCUUUACAUGCAGGCCUGAGGUUCAGUCUCCAGAUACGUUCUCGGGUAACAGGCUUGGGGAAAGGCCUUCUGUGGCUGAGGCUUUGGAGAGCUGUUGCCAAUCAGACAAGACAGUACUGGGCUAGAUUGACCAAUGGACUGACUCGGUGUAAGCCAGCUUCAUAGGUUCAGUGGAAGACCCUGUAUACUUUCUAAAAAAUUGAGUCUCUUUAAGCUGGCUGAUCUAAUGGGGACCAUAAAGCAGCAACUAAAUGCUUUGUGUGUGCUGUAAGGUACCCAUUCCCCCCCCCCCCCUCACGUAAGUGCACCCUGGAAUUUAAAGCCAUAUUCUAAAGCUGAACAAUUGCUGUGGUGUUUGGAGGCAGACACUUAACUUUGCACCGGUGCCUUCAGUGUGUGAGGGCAAUGAAGGACAGGUAGGGAACAGAGCUACGGGAGGGCCCAUCCUACUUGCAGGUAGGCAGAAGCUAGAGAAAUUAUUGCUGACAAGAACCUCACCAAUAUGAAAAUAGCAUGUCUGAUUCUUUGAGAGAGGGCACCUUCCACCACUGGAACAAUAUCUCAGUUUCCUGGGCUAAAAGCUAAAACUUAUGGCUAAAAGCUAAAGGAAUGACCCAAACUUGCAUAAUUUGUGCAGGUUGUGGAACGUGGCUCUUGGUGCAGAAUCCAGAUUCUUCUACCCACUCAGAGUACAGCCUGGCUUUAACGUGCUGUCCUGUUGCCCUUAGGCUUGCCUGGAAGCUCCCCUUUCAGGAAAGCCAAGUCUUUAUUGGUUUUUGUAUUACCGCUUUCUCACUUUGCAUCACCAAAUCUACAGCCAUUCCUUAGUGAGUCCUCAGGUCUUCUGUGGCUACAUAUUGUCUGUUCUGGGGUAUAUGUGUGUGGGUGUACGUAAUUAAGAAUAGAAAAAUUAUUAUUUUAAUGCUGUUCGUGAACAUUGCUGAUUCCUCCUCCCUGUGUCUUAACAGGGGGAAACGGGAGCCUUCCCCACACUUCUCCUCUCUUUAGAGAACUAUGUGAAAUAGCAAUCCAGGAAUGGUUUGACAACUUGCUGUUGCUGUAGAUGAAGGCCAGAACUUACAACCACCCAACCUCACGUGUAGAUGCUACACACUGCUGUAUUUGCUCCUGUGUAGUGAGAGGAGCCGGAUGCCUGUCCUGAGACCACCCUGUCCCCUUGUCCUUAUGCAGAAAAGGCAAAUUACUGAAGCAUGGGUGGUGUGUUACCCGGUGCACCGUAUGUAAGCAGAAAAAUCCAUCCCUUUGUAAAUGUGCAGGAGAUUUUAAGUGUACUUUGCCUUUUAAAGAGGUAGGAAAAGGUAACUUUUAAAACAAAACAAAACCCCACCUGUGUUAGAAAGUAAAACCACAAAAUUCUG